AUUUCCCUCUAUUCACUCCUUGCCAUCGCUAGAAUUUCUCGACGCUAGCUUCAACAACUUCACAGCACAACCAGGGAAACCUUAUGUCCAUCGCUCAACUCCUCGAGGCUGGAGAGCUUGAUCCUGGUCAACAACAAGCUCACCGGAAGGGAGAGAUUCCAAGCAGCAUAUGCAAACAACUUCCCAAGCUCGAGCACUUUCUCGCGUGGGUAAACAACCUCCAGGGGCAGCUUCCCCAAAACCUUGCAUCGUGCAGUAACCUCACCGAGAUCAUCCUCACUUUCAACAAUCUCAGUGGAAACAUUCCACCUGAGCUGUUGUCCAGCACAAAGAGCCUCCAAUGGUUAUGCUUGAGUAAUAACAGAUUGAGUGGAGAGUUGCCUGAUUCAUUGGAGCAUGCAAAGGAGAUGAUAGUGCUUCAGCUGAGCAACAACAGCCUGCAGGGCAAACUGCCCAGCAACAUGACCAUGCAGACGAUAGAUCUCCGUGGAAACAGCUUGAGCGGGAGGAUUUCAGCCUCUUUGAAUGGUUUCACAGGCACCAAAUCUGCCAAAUCCAACGUUGCUGGGACGAGCUUGAAGCUAGCAACAGGGAUAAAAACAUGUGGUUGCAUCGACAACAUUUUUAUCUUACAAGGAAUCUCUUUGGAAGAAAUGGAGAGGCUACUUUCUGCCAAGAGCGGUGGCUGCAAAUGCUCCAUAAGUUUCCUUCCAGCAAGCUUUUAUGGUUUCUCCACCACCAGCCCUUCCUUCAUCGAUGUUUCAUUCAAUAGACUGGUGGGAGACAUCCCGCGGGAGCUUGGGAGCAUGCAGGACGCCAAUUACCUCAGUGUUGCACAUAACUUCCUGUCCGGAACAAUCCCCGUGGAGCUCGGGUAUCUCAAGAAAGUGAUAGGGAUGGACUUGUCAUUCAAUGAUCUCCAAGGAAGCAUUCCAAGCUCGUUUUCGUCUCUCCAGUCCCUCACAGGGUUGAAUGUGUCGCAUAACAACUUGUCCGGUCCAAUUCCACAGGGUGGUCAGCUUUGGACACUUGAUCCGAGCAGCUAUGCAGGAAAUGCCGGUCUGUGUGGUUUCCCUCUAGCGUCAUGCAUCACAUCACCACCAACAGCGACGAAUCGUGCUGACCAUGGCGAUGGCGAUGGUGGAUUGGGAGCAGUUCUUGCGGUGAGCUUUGCAAUUGGGGUGCUGGUCUCGGUUAUCUCCUGUACAAUGGUAGUCACCAUUGAUAGUAGGAAACGCUUUGUGGAGAGAGCUUGCUAUGGAUGAUGGACACACCGAAUAAAAAAGAGAGCCCUCAGACUAAGGCCAUGUUUUCUCCACA